UCAGGUGGGUCGGCGUCCCUUGCGAGAGCGGAGCUGCAUGUGUCGUGGAGCAGCGAGUGGAGCAGCGAGUGGAUUGGCAAGGGCGGCCAGAGCGUUGGCGAGGGCGAGCAUGGGGUUGCUGAGGGCAUUCGGCUGGAGGGCAGCCACUGCCUGUGCAGCUGUGAGCUGGUCGACUGGGGUGCUGCCCACCGAUGGCAUGCUCGUGCUCAACCCCUCCGUCUCGUCGUCCCCUUCCUCCUCUUCCUGCUCAUCUUCGUCCCUUCCGUCCUCAUCGUCACGAUCGUCCUGUGUGGCUGCUAUGGUAGCGGGCUGCUGCAACGAUGCAAGCAGUGCGGGGGUCGUCAUGGCCAU